CACUCUGGUCUGUGGUACGGUCUCUCUGGAAACCCUCUCCCCACCCUCACUGGACUGACAACACUGGAAGAGUGCUGCUGUCAGGGUGGUAGGAAAUCUCUUAGCACUGGUAGAGAGAGUCAGUCUAACAUUGGCAGUACUAGACGUAUGACACUGGCUACUGGAACUGCUCACUCAGGUCUACGAUGGUGCUAAUGUUGUUGGCCAGCCUGUGGGGGAGACAUACGACUGGUGGUAGUUGCCCCACCAGUAGCACCAGUAGAUCUAUCAAUCAAAGAGAUUGGAGCCACAUGGAUGUAUCUGCAGUGGUUCAACCCCAGUGCUGGUUUGGGCAACCCUCCUCUCUCUAGUCAUGUUGUCAGGGUACAAGAGGUGGGAGGAGAGGUGGAGGAAAGAACAUUUGACAGCAGUGAAGGAGAGGCCAAUGUGACUGACCUACUGCCAGGGACUCAGUACAUAUUCUCAGCAGUGGCUGUGUCUCAGUUUGAAGACCUGCGAGCUACCAGUCCACCCAGCAACUCUGACAGUGGAACAACUACUCUCACUGUCCCAGCUCCAGUGUGCAGUGAUGUUCCUGAGGUGGAGGACACACGACUGGCAGUGAGAUGGACCUACAGACACAUGGGAGGAGCUCCCAUCACCUCAGUCGAUGUCUACUUCACCACCACAACUGACUCCACCAGAGUCUCAUUCUCAGAUGACCCCCAGGCAGUGCUAGGGGAGGUGGGGGCCAGAGAAAGAGAGGACACCAUUCCUCUUCCUGAGGCUGGCUUCACCUACCUGUUCUCAGUGACAGCUACCAACAGCCAGGGAACCAGUGCUGUGGACUGCCCCCCUCUUACUCUUGACAUUGGUAUCCCAGCCAGACCAGAUCCUCCAGUGGUGGAGUCAGUAGCUGGAGGUUCCGUGGACGUGAGACUCAGCACACUUCACUCUGGUGUCAGAGACAGCUCCACUGACCAGUUCCAGUUUAUCCUCCUGAUCAGGGACGUGAGUGACAUGGGAGGGACUCCCAUUGAGGUGGUGGUGAGUCAAGGAUCAUGUGGAGGAGUGUGCAGAGGGUCUCCUCCAACAGAUACGGACAGUCCUCUGAGUCUGGAAACUCUGAUCCCCUUCACUUUGGUCUUUACUAAUUCAGAUUGCUCUUCAAACUCCCUAUUCACGGAAGGAAUAGGAGUUGGAUUUGCUGUGGGUGCCAUGACUACAGCUAUAGUGUUUGCAAUAGUCUUCAUUGCCAUUUGUUUCGUUUUCAAGUUAAGGAAAUCUACUGGAGACAGGGAAGUACCAAUGGAAGCAAACCUGGCAUAUGGGCUAUACACCAGACCUCACAAUACCUCUUCCAGAGAGUGUCAGUUCUCCGUCACCACGGAUCCAGUGCCUGGUGUCAAUGGGUACUUCCCUGGGACACAGAAUAUCACCUUUAGUUGUCAAGUCAAUGAAGGUGGUAGUCGAAGAGCCACUGUCUGGUCAAUACAAACAUCUUUAGACAGAGAAGAGGGUCGACCACCUCGGAGAAUUACAAGUGGUAGUGACAGCAAUCUCCUAUUGUCAUCUCAGGGGACUCUAGGAAUAUCUGGGAUACCAGACACCAGUAUCCUCACUAUUGUAUCACUGACUGAGGAUUUGGAUACUACCAUCAUAUUCUGUGCAUUUGAGGAGCCACUGGCUAACUUUACCGUCAGAAUAUACUACCCCCCAGUCCUGACUGACAGAGGAGAAGUGAGGAAGAGAGAGAAUGAGGAGCUGAGUAUGGACAUGGCAGAGCCAGGCAAUCCCCUGGCCUUCCCCUUCCCCUCUCAAGUCUCGUGGACAAAAGAUGGGGAGGAUGUGGCGGGUGGCUCGUCCACCAGAGUCUUCAACUACUCCUCCAUCUUCAUUGGCUCAGUCCAGCCCUCUGACUCGGGGCUCUACGUCCUCUCAGCCACCAACUACCAGCUGAACGGUGGCCCUCUUCUUGGCAGUGCCACUGCCUCUCUCACUCUCAAUGUCCUCUUUGGGGCAGGAAUUUCAGGUCCAGGGUCAGAGAUAGUGGCAGUAGUGGAGGGAGAGUCAGCCACUCUGGUCUGUGGUACUGGUCUCUCUGGAAACCCUCUCCCCACCCUCACCUGGACUGACAACACUGGAAGAGAGGUGGUAGAGGAAGGGAGGAUCGCUCUUAACACUGUUAGAGAGGUAGUCAGUCUAACAUUGAGCAGUACUGCACAGAUUGACACUGGCUACUGGAACUGCUCAGCUCAGGUCUAUGAUGGUGCUAAUGUUGUUGGCCAGCCUGUGGGGAGAGACAUACGACUGGUGGUAGUUGUCCCCCCAGUAGCACCAGUAGAUCUAUCAAUCAAAGAGAUUGGAGCCACAUGGAUAUAUCUGCAGUGGUUCAACCCCAGUGCUGGUUUGAGCAACCCUCCUCUCUCUAGUCAUGUUGUCAGGGUACAAGAGGUGGGAGGAGAGGUGGAGGAAAGAACAUUUGACAGCAGUGAAGGAGAGGCCAAUGUGACUGACCUACUGCCAGGGACUCAGUACACAUUCUCAGCAGUGGCUGUGUCUCAGUUUGAAGACCUGCGAGCUACCAGUCCACCCAGCAACUCUGACAGUGGAACAACCAAUGUCACUGUCCCAGCUCCAGUGUGCAGUGGUGUUCCUGAGGUGGAGGACACACGACUGGUAGUGAGAUGGACCUACAGACACAUGGGAGGAGCUCCCAUCACCUCAGUCGAUGUCUACUUCACCACCACAACUGACUCCACCAGAGUCUCAUUCUCAGAUGACUCUCAGGCAGUGCUAGGGGAGGUGGGAGCCAGAGAAAGAGAGGACUCCAUUCCUCUGCCUGAAGCUGGCUUUACCUACCUGUUCUCAGUGACAGCUACCAACAGCCAGGGAACCAGUGCUGUGGACUGCCCUCCUCUUACUCCUGACAUUGGCGUACCAGGUAGACCCGACCCUCCAAAGGUUUACACAACUACUCGAGGUGUUGCCUUUGUAACUGUUCAUACACCUCACUCUGGACUUAGGGGCAACUCCACUGACAAGCUCCAGUUUAUCCUACUGAUCAGGGACGUGAGUGACAUGGGAGGGACUCCCAUUGAGGUGGUGGUGAGUCAAGGAUCGUGUGGAGGAGGAGUGUGCAGAGGGUCUGUGAGUCUGGCCAGUGGAGAGAGAGGACUGGAGGAGGGAGCCACAUACAUUGUCAGUGUCUCAGCCUCCAACAGAUACGGACAGUCCUCUGAGUCUGGAAACUCUGAUCCCUUCACUUUGGUCUUUACUAAUUCAGAUUGCUCUUCAAACUCCCUAUUCACGGAAGGAAUAGGAGUUGGAUUUGCUGUGGGUGCCAUGACUACAGCUAUAGUGUUUGCAAUAGUCUUCAUUGCCAUUUGUUUCGUUUUCAAGUUAAGGAAAUCUACUGGAGACAGGGAAAUGCCAAUGGAAGCAAACCUGGCAUAUGAGCUACACACCACACCUCAUACUAUCUCUUCCAGUGAGGGACAAACAGUUGUCUACGAGGAAGUUGGAAAAAUUUGAACACUAUUAUAUCCUGAGUUUCUGUUUUUAAGCUUAUGUAUUGUACACUGACCCUCAUAUGUCGGAUACCUUGUCAUGUAUAUUAAAAGUGUUAUAUUAGUAGUGCCAGUGGCAGAACUUUGGUGUGCGUGACCUGCCUAUGCACAAGUAUUGUAUAUACAGUACACCUUGUGUGUAAGUGCAACUCUUUAUUUCUCAUCUGUGUAACCUUGGUCAAUGCGAAAGGUUACCAGGUCAGGAAAAUGG